AUGUCCGCCGUCACGCGCGUCCUCGUGCGCUCGCGCCUCGCAGCGGUUCGCUGCGCACCGCUCCAGCUCCGAUCGCUGUCCUCGGUCGUCCGCCCGACUGCCCUCCGCCCGGCCGUCACUGCUGCCCGCCUCCAGCAGCUCUCGCAGGUCCGCUUCGCCAGCUCGGCUGAGGCUGUGGCUGAGGUCGAGGAGGCCGCUCCCCAGUGGCCUGUGCGCGAGGCGCCGCCACUCUCCGACAAGGACAUUAAGCGCCUCACUCGCCAGCGCAACAUCGGAAUCUCGGCCCACAUCGACUCGGGCAAGACCACCCUGACGGAGCGUGUGCUCUACUACACCGGCCGUGUGCGCGAUGUCCACGAGGUCCGUGGCCGCGACGGUGUUGGCGCCAAGAUGGACUCGAUGGACCUUGAGCGUGAGAAGGGUAUCACCAUUCAGUCGGCCGCGACCUUUGCGGACUGGGUUUCGCUUCCCCCUCCCAACGAGUGGACUGCCGACCAGCAGCCCGGCGAAAACGAGCCUGAGAAGGAGAAGUUUGCGCUCAACAUCAUCGACACGCCCGGUCACGUCGACUUUACCAUUGAGGUCGAGCGUGCGCUCCGUGUGCUCGACGCUGCUGUCCUCGUUCUCUGCUCGGUUGCGGGUGUGCAGUCGCAGACCAUCACCGUCGACCGUCAGAUGAGGCGCUACAACGUCCCCCGCGUGUGCUUCAUCAACAAGAUGGACCGUGCCGGUGCCAACCCGUGGCGCGUCAUCGACCAGCUCCGCAACAAGCUCAGGAUGAACGCCGCUGCCGUCCAGAUCCCUAUCGGUAGCGAGGACUCUCUCGACGGUGUCGUCGACAUUAUCCGCAUGAAGGCCCUCCGCUUCCGCGGUGUCAAGGGUAACGAGGUCGUUGAGGAGCCCGUCCCCGAGGAGCUCAAGGAGCUCGCCGAGGCCAAGCGCCAGGAGCUCAUCGAGCACGUUGCCGAAGCCGACGAGGAGAUCUCGGACAAGUUCCUCAUGGAGGAGCCCAUCUCCAACCUCGACAUCACCAAGGCCAUCCGCCGCGCCACCAUCAACCUCAAGUUCAUUCCGGUGUUCAUGGGCUCGGCCAUCAAGAACACUGGUGUUCAGGCCAUGCUUGACGGUGUCGCCGCCUACCUCCCCGACCCCUCGGAGGUUGCGUCCAACGCCAUCGACACCUCCCUUCCCGUCGAGGCCCCCAAGGUCCCCCUUGCCGGUGCGGAGGAUGCUCCGUUCGUCGGCCUCGCGUUCAAGCUUGAGGAGGGCCGCUUCGGCCAGUUGACCUACGUCCGCGUGUACCAGGGUGAGCUCCGCAAGGGUGGCCUCAUCUUCAACGCCCGCACUGGUAAGAAGGUCAAGGUGCCUCGUCUUGUGCGCAUGCACGCCGACGAGAUGGAGGACGUCGAAUCGAUCAAGGCUGGUGAGAUCUGCGCCACCUUUGGUGUCGAGUGCUCGUCUGGUGACACUUUCACGGACGGCACCACGUCGCUCUCAAUGACGUCCAUGUUCGUCCCCGAGCCCGUCAUCUCGCUGUCGAUCCGGCCCGAGGGUCAGGAGACGCCCAACUUCUCGCGUGCGCUCAACCGCUUCCAGAAGGAGGACCCGACCUUCCGCGUCCACCUUGACCCCGAGUCACAGGAGACCAUCAUCUCCGGUAUGGGUGAGCUUCACCUCGACAUUUAUGUCGAGCGCAUGAAGCGCGAGUACAGCGUCUCGUGCGUGACCGGCAAGCCACGUGUCGCGUUCCGUGAGACGAUCACUCAGCCCGCCAAGUUCGAGUACACCCACAAGAAGCAGACGGGUGGUUCGGGUCAGUUCGGUCGCGUCAAGGGCUACAUCGAGCCCAUGGAGCACGAUGCCGAGACUGGCAAGGACAACGAGUUUGUCAACCAGAUCAUUGGUGGCAACAUUCCUACCGGCUUCAUUCCCGCUAUCGAGAAGGGUUUCCAGGAGGCGCUCGACCGCGGCCUUCUCACUGGUCACGUCAUCAACGGCGUCCGCUUCGUCCUCGAGGAUGGUCAGCACCACGCUGUCGAUUCGAGCGAGUUGGCAUUCCGCCUUGCGUCUAUUGGCGCGUUCAAGGAGGCGUUCAACAAGGCUGGCCCUGUUGUUCUUGAGCCCAUCAUGAACGUCGAGAUCAUUGCGCCUGUCGAGUUCCAGGGUGCCGUCAUUGGUGGUAUCAACCAGCGCAAGGGCAACAUUCUAGACAGCGAGAUUCGCGACGACGAGUUUACGCUCCAGGCCGAGGUUGCGCUCAACGACAUGUUUGGUUACUCGUCUAGCUUGCGCGGCAUCACGCAGGGUAAGGGCGAGUUUACGAUGGAGUGGGUCAAGUACGCGCCUGUCAUGCCCAACGUCCAGCGUGACAUGACCGAGGCUUUCCGCAAGAAGCAGCUCUCUGGCAACUAG